CCAGGCUGUGGAAUGCUUACUUUUCUGUCAUCAGCCAUUGCUGCUAUCAGUGGACUUCUUAUGGGUUAUGAACUUGGAAUUAUCUCUGGAGCUCUUCUUCAGCUAACUAGCAUAUUAGCACUUUCAUGUCAACAACAGGAAAUGGUUGUAAGUGCUCUUCUAAUUGGUGCUUUGCUAGCUUCAUUGACCGGUGGGUUCCUGAUAGACAAAUAUGGGAGACGAAUUACCAUUAUGAUGGCAUCUUGUUUACUUAUACUAGGCAGUCUAGCCUUGAUAUUCUCAAAUUCAUACGGACUACUUAUAAUAGGACGGCUUGUGAUAGGGGUUUCCAUUUCAUUCUCCUCAAUUGCAACAUGUGUGUAUAUCGCAGAGAUUGCACCACCAUAUAGAAGAGGUUUGCUCGUGUCUUUGAAUGAACUCAUGAUUGUACUGGGUGUUCUUUUUGCUUACAUUUCAAAUUAUGCAUUUGCCAGCUUUUACCAUGGUUGGAAGUAUAUGUUUGGCCUUGUUAUUCCACUGGGGAUUUUGCAGGUCAUUGCUCUAUACUUCCUUGUGCCCAGUCCUCGAUUCCUGGUUAUGAAAGGCUUUGAUGAAGCUGCUAGCAGAGUACUUGGAAAACUGAGGAGAAUCUCGGACACUACUGAAGAACUGGCUUUGAUCAAAUCUUCCCUGAAAGAUGAGCACCAAUACUGUUUCUUCGAUCUAUUCCGUGCAAAAGACAACAUGAGGGCCCGGAUGCUAAUAGGAAUCACUCUAGUGUUUUUUGUACAGACAACAGGACAGCCUAACAUCUUAUUCUAUGCAUCAACUGUUUUGAGGUCAGCUGGAUUUCAGACCAAUGAGGCAGCUAGUCUGGCCUCCACUGGGGUUGGAGUGGUCAAAGUGAUCAGUACAGUCCCAGCUACUUUUUUUGUGGACCACAUAGGAAGCAAGACAUUUCUCUGUAUUGGUUCAUCCCUCAUGUCUGUGUCCUUAGUCAUCAUGGGCAUGGUGACACUUAACAUACACAUGAAUUUCACUACAGUUUGUAAAAAUCAGUCCUUGGAAGAUUCUUCAUUCCAGAAGGUACAGAAGCUGAUCUUCACAAAUCAGACUCUUGAGGACCAAUUUGCUGGCAUGGCUUCAUCUGACAGAAUUUCACAAUGGAAGGUUGAAAUUGCUAAUACAAGGGAGAGGAACAGGACAGCUAUGGUUGGAAAUAUGGUCUCUGUUACAAGCCAGGCUGAAUCCUUUAUAAAAACAGGAGCUGUGGAGGUUCCAAUAGCACUGAAAUGGCUCUCCUUGGCAAGCUUGCUUGUUUAUACUGCUGCUUUCUCUGUAAGCCUCGGUCCAAUGUCCUGGCUGGUAUUGAGUGAAAUAUUUCCAGGUGGAAUCAGAGGAAGAGCAAUUGCUCUAACCUCUAGUGUGAACUGGGGCGUAAAUCUCUUAAUCUCAUCAACUUUUUUGACUAUAACAGAUCUAAUUGGCUUACCAUGGGUAUAUUUCAUUUAUGCUCUGAUGAGCCUAUCAUCAUUAGCAUUUGUCGUUGCCUUUAUACCUGAGACAAAGGGGUGUUCCUUAGAGGAAAUAUCCAUACUACUGGCAAAACAAAAGCAUAGAAAGAAUACCUUUUGCAGAAUGAGCCAGCACCAGGAUCAGCUGAUGUCUAUAGAACUUUCGAACAGAGAACUCCAUUAACAAUUCUACUAGAGAGUGGCAGAUGUACGUAAACAAGGACAGAAGAACUGUUUUCUGAAGAGGACAAAAUGGUUCAGAGCUCACAUGUACUGUCACUGUGUUCACGUGCUUAUCAUAAAUACGUUUUUUCUGUUUCAUUUUACUAGAGGCCUUUUUUUGGUCAGUAGCAAUUACAAAAGUACUGUAAACAAUGUUUUGCACAUCACAGUCAAUUAUGUUGCAAGUCACAGGCUUGCAACUUGAGUUACCUAAGAUGGAGAUACUGGGACCUAUUCUAAAGUCUUAUUCCACCACAGCCUUUUGUACCUCCACAAAUCAGAGUGAGUUAAGACUACUAUAUCUAGCCAAAAUGUUGAGGAUGGGCUUCACAGUCUACACAUUUGAAACAUUAUGCAAAUGUUAUGGCUGCAGGAACAUUUAGCAGUGCUUUCACAACCAGUAAGAUUUCCUGUAUUUACCUAACUCAUUUGUUCUAAAAAUGGUCAGCUAUGCUUUUCUUUACUGGCCCCAAAAUUACCAAUCCUAUCAAGUGUUAGAUGCUACGUGGGCCAUGGGCCCAAUUAGUAUCUUGGUGGGAAGCAGCUGUGGUGGUGGAGGGGGAAGGAAUGUGAUGUCCAUUAGAAGGACAGACCCACACUUUGGAUAGUAUAAAUAUAGCAGGUACACAGUGUGGGUCAGUAACAUUUAAUGGGGCCUUUGUCCAUUGUCACUGCUUACCAGCACUGUAUCUCCAGCUGCUUUUCUAGACCAUGUUAGUAAUAUUAAUACCUGCAAAUCAAAUCUAAUACAGAAAUAUUGGCUAGUAUCUGUGCAUGGAAGGCACAGAGAGAUUGUGUGCAUUUCUCUCCAUUCCAACAACUCUUCCUUCACACCAGCCCUUCUCUCCCACCCACCCACUCUCCCCCCCCAGUAUUUCUCUGUGCAAGUCCUAUGAAUAAUAUUUCCAGCAGGUGGAAAGGCUACAAGAACAAUGAGAAAUGCAGAAAAAUCCAUGCAUGGUGUGGAGGAAUAGAUUUCAUUUCCAUUAUAGCUGCUUAUUGACAUUUAAACAAGACUUAUUUAAAAAUGGCACUUUAUUCUCAAAAGCUGAAAUAACUUUUCUUGAAUUUUUGUAAUUUUUACUCUCAAUUGUCUAAUUACACUCAACAUACACUUUGACAUCAUAAAUGAACAUUCUAGAAAACUGUCAAGCAUUCCUAAAAUAAAGGUCUUUGUCAAACUAUA